GUCGAACUGGGAAUGGCUGGUUGAUCGUUAUACCCUAAAUGACAGGUACUUGGGUCAGCUGAUCCCAAAUAUAAGUAGAUAUUUUUCAACACCACGGAAGCUCUCAGAGAUGGAAGAGUUCUUUGCCAAGUAUCCAGAAGCAGGUGCUGGUGAGCUCAACCGCCAACAGGCUCUUGAGACAGUGCGUUCAAAUAUCCGUUGGGUGGAAGCCUAUUCAAGCACCAUCCUCGACUGGCUGAACUCGCAGAAACAGUGAUGAUUUUGAGCAUCAUGUGCUCUUUUGUACAAUCACUUAUCUUCAUGCUUUCAAAAAAAAGAUUGUCUCACAAAUUACUUCCUUUUUUCAAGAGUAAAGCUAUUCAGAGUUUAGUCAAAUGAAAGGACUUCUUUAACUGUAUAUCCCUCUAGCCUUUUAUCUUUUCUUUCUUUAACCUUCCUUGCUCAACAUCUGCAGUGAUAAGAGCAAAGUGUGCUGUUAAUUGUCAAAGGUUGUGUUUAUGUUGAAACCAGCUGAUUUUUGUCAUUUCUAGGCAUAGUUUUAUGCCUAGGUUUCAACUAGAAAUAAAAUGUCAGAAUAUUUGCAUCUGUCCAGAAAGUUCAAAUUGCAUUUGAAUCUAUUUUUGUAAAAUCAUACUUUGAUAUGUGAUCUAAAUGGAUGAUCUGCUAGAGGAUCAGAAUUAGUAAAGAAAUUGAAAUCAAUAGUUUAGGGAAGAGAAUGUAAUACUAUACCUAUUUUAUUAUAUUUUACAGGUGUCCCUCUAUUGAAAUAUGAGCUUGAUGAUAAACAUAUAAACUUUUUUUUACAGCAAACACAAGUGUAUAUGUAACCUUUUUAAUUUAAAAUUUAAAAAGGGAGAAAGUAGAGGGUUUCCCAGAUUUUAAGCUUCACAAACUUAUUUACUUUGCAUACAAAAUAAUUAGGAUACAAUGAGGUGAUCCCACCCUGUAUGGGAGGAAGGCAAAGAAGAAAAGAAAUCAUGAGAAAAGUUUUUUUUAUAUAUAAAAAAGCCAGUGAAUUAUGAUGCUUGUUUUUUAUACAUUAAAAUUAAUUAUAGAGCCCUCUUUGAAAAUACUGUAUAGGAGUUGAUCAUAUUUUGAUUGAGUUAAAUGCAGAUAAUUAAUAUAAAGACUAAAUCUGUAAUAAAAACAAGAACUUGCUUAUCUUGGCAUAUAACAAA